AUGAAGAAGAUGUUGAAUACAACUCAUCUGAUCUCUCUCCCCUGUCUCCUCCUCCUCCUCUCGUGCGCCGCUGCCCAAAGCCCGAUCCUCGACAUGAACUAUCAAGAGCUGCAAACCGGCGUCCAGUACCACAUCAGGUCGGCCACUUGGGGCAUCCACCAAGGCGACCUCACCGCAGACCCCGACAACCUCGACACUUGCCCUCUCAACGUCGUCAUGGCCAGUGGAAUCCCCUUCGGGCUGGGCCUCCCUGUGACCUUUCACCUGGCCCAAGCGCCGGACGAGGCUCGACUUCCCGUGCUCACCAUGACCGACCUCAACAUCCAGUUUGUGACAUCCUCCGCUAACACCUCGUGCAACGACGGUGGCGUCUGGGCGAUCCGAUUGGUUCCCUUCCUCCGGGCGUUGGGCGUGAGUACGGGUGGCACCCUGGGGGCCGCCGCGGACAGCCAGUUCCAGAUCGAGCCGCAGGGGGCGUUCUACAAGCUCGUGUACUGCAGCCGGAUUUCCACAUUACGCGUAUGUAGGGACCUUACCAUCUUGGCUGGCCAGCGCCUGGGCGUUAACCUCGACCCGUUCGACUCUCCCCAUGCGUUGAUAGUGAUCUUCCAGCGAGUCGAAGCUGAUAAUGCCACGAAGAUCAAGAUGCCUACUGAUAAUUAA